AUGGACAACGACUACCACUAUGACAACCCUUGGGCCGGCCAGCAGCCAGACGAUACCGAGCACGUUAUCAAUUAUCUGAACAGCGACCACGGAAUUAUGUUCCCUACCAACGAAUUUACGGAGAGCCCUGAGGAUUACUCCGCUGGAAUUCAUAACCCUGCGCUUCCGCCCGCUGAGGUAGACGGCUUCGCUCUUCCACCUGCCAUCGACGAGCACGACUUGGACGCUGGAGAACUCCACUUGAACGACCUAUAUCCCCAAGCUCACACGCCUCUUGCAGAAGCUUGCUGA